ACCCAACUUCUACCCCUUCCCCACCUCCCACUUCACCCUUCUCCCGCCGUUCACUGCUUCACUUGUUUUUGAAUCUUCACUUGACACAUUCAUUAUCCACGGACUUCAUCAUCGGAGGAGUCACUUUAUCACAGCCAAGAUGUCAUUCUGAAAUUUAAGUCUCAAAAGGAGCCUUCUUUCUGCUCAUUCCUCAAUCUAUCAAGACGGAUCAACCAAAUAAAUUCUCAUUCCACCAUUUUAUUGAUUGUGCCCCAUUUCAAGAGUACGAGAACACACCAACAAGCGAGAGAGAAGAACCGCGGACGUUCGCUAUUGCCAUGCCUCGAGGCAAGCGACGUUCCGCAGCCGACAUGGGGCCUGCUGAUGAUGAUAGGCAUUGCAGUAAAAGACGUCAUACAACAUCUAGUUCAAGGCGUCACUCAAAGUCAGAAGAUCUUUCAUCAUUCAGUCAGAAAAGAUGUAUAUCCUGGUUCAGAGAAUAUACCAGUCCAGAUGAUCCAGAUACAUUAGGUCCAGAAGGAAUGGAAAAGUUUUGUGAAGACAUUGGAGUUGAACCUGAAAAUGUAGUGAUGCUUGUCCUGGCGUGGAAAAUGAAUGCACGGCAAAUGGGCUUUUUCACCCUACAGGAAUGGACCAAAGGACUGACAGACCUCCAUUGUGACUCAAAUACCAAAGUGCAGAACAAAUUAGAGUAUCUCAAAUCAUUUCUACAUGAACCAUCAACAUUUAAAAGCAUUUACAGAUAUGCUUAUGACUUUGCCAGGGAUAAAGAUCAGCGAAGUAUGGAUAUGGAAACAGCCCGUGCAAUGCUCCAGCUGCUUUUGGGUCGGCAAUGGAGCUUGUAUGGACAGUUCAAUAAUUUUUUGGAGCAGUCAAAGUACAAAGUAAUAAAUAAGGAUCAGUGGUGCAAUAUCCUUGAAUUUUCACGGUCUAUUCACAGUGAUCUAUCGAACUAUGAUGUUGAUGGUGCAUGGCCUGUUAUGCUGGAUGAGUUUGUAGAAUGGCUGAAAGCAUCAAAGGAACAGAAUUCUGCCAAAGGCAGUUGAUUUCAUGAUUUCCCCCCCCCAUGCAACCGGACUGUUGUGAUAGUGCUAUUAUUGCAAGUCAAGUGCACAAGUGAUACAGCGAUAUAUUGUGAACUUCUCUAAUUCACAAGAAGUUGCCAUGUAAUAUGUGAUUGCGCCUGAUGGUCACCUCCUGUAAAUUUAUCAAAUUUUGUAAUGAACGACAUUUCCCUCCUUUUAUGGUAGUUUAUCAUUUUGCUGUCUAUCCUAUGACAAAAGUGUUUUAUUUGUCAAAUUAUUAUAUUUUGGGCAAAUAAAUUAUUUUAAAUUUGUCUGUA